UUUUAAUUUAAUUAUUUAAUUAAAAUGUUUAGCGCUUCAUUGGAGAUUUUGAUGAGCUAAACGUUCCACAGGUUUCUAUUCAUAAAACGUGCACGGAGUAAAUAAUAAAACAUAAUCACAAUAUUUUUUUUAACUAAAAGUUUUUCCAUACUAUUUUUGUGUUUGUUUUUAUUUUUAAUAAUUCGUUUUUAUUAGUGCCUAUUGUUUCUUAAAUUAUUAUUUUUACUACAAUUCCAAAUAUAAAAUAUUAAAUUAAUAAUGUUCAAUUUCUUGCAUAUUUCAUGCUUAAAAUGAAAAUUCUUUUUAUAAUAAAUGUUGCAAUGAGUUAAUAAUUAGUCUUAAUAUAUCUAAAGGCUUUAUAAAAGCAACAUUUAUUAUGAUAAAUAUGUUACUUAAAAAUGAAUCAAUAUACAUGUGUGUAAAGCACAUAUUGUUCACAUGCAUUAAAAUGUACAAGCGCUGUUAUAUUUUUCAACGUCAGAAUAUUUAAUACAAAUAUUAAAUAAAUUGUUGUGUAAAAUAGGCUGGAUUUAUGUGAAUUUGAGCAGUUCUCAAAUGUCGUCAGUACAUUCUCUUUAAUGACUUAAGUCAAUAGGAGGAGGAGUUAUAAUGGACAUCCAUUUCCCAGACGUCUGUCAAAAUAAUGAAUGAGCUUUUGUGAGACCUGAAACAGGAUUUUAAACAUGCAAAGAAACAUCCUUCACCCCCAAGAAAAAUCACCUGCUUCUGAUUCUUCUCUGAUGUGCAGUGAGGCUCCCUGAAAACUACUAUAAAUGUGAGAAAAUGUUCCAUGGCAAAGACCAGCUAAACAGCCAUCUCCAGACCCACGACCUCAACAAGCAAGAACUGCGAUGUGAAGAAUGUGGAAAGCGCUACAACACCCGUCUGGGUCUUAGACGCCACAUGGGCACACAUGCCACCUCUACCGUCGGUGACCUCACCUGUAAGGUUUGUCAUCAGGUGUUUGAGAGCAUGCCCACAUUGCUCGAGCACCUGAGUACGCACACCGGUCGACCACCCCCAGGGGCCGUGGUGCGAGAAAGAAAGCAUCAGUGCGAACGCUGCGGUCGGCGCUUCUUCACUCGCAAGGAUGUCAGGCGGCAUGCGGUGGUGCACACGGGUAGGCGAGACUUCCUGUGCCCGCGUUGUGCCCAGCGCUUCGGUCGUCGCGACCAUCUCACCCGACACCUGAAGAAAAGCCACGCGCAGGAGUUGGAGACCCUGGCCCCGAUGCAACUUAAAGAGGAGCCUAGUCCCACCAUGUGCUCCGUUGGGUCUUCAAAAGAUGCAACAGAUGCUUUUACAAUGGGCAUGUUCAACUCGCAAGGCCUGCCAAGCACAUCUACCUCAGGGGUCAAUCAUCAUCAUCAUCAUCAUUCAAUGGUGCCUGGCCCCCUGUCCAACCCAAUGGGUAUGGGCUGCUACCUCGAGCCGAACAAGCCACAGCAGUAUCAGCAGGCUCCUAGGUAUCAGCCUAGUUCCACUACCUCAUACCUGAAGGCAGAAAUGGAGAACUUUCUGGCCGAGCUCCAGUGCGGACCGAUGCCGCCGCAAGCCGCCGUGGCGACUGCAGUGUCUCGGCCCGGCGACAUUCUCCCCGAUAACAUGGCAGCAGGUCAGGGUGCCCAUUUCACCCUACGGAACUCGCCGUUCACAUCAGCUGAGCCACCAGUCACCUCCACCAACAUGGACCUUUCACAUCUGCUGGGCUUCCUGCCAUUCGGUUUGCCUUCCUACAGCACACCCUUGAGUUCAGGAGGCCUUGUGAUGGGAUACUCCACAACGACCACAGCUGUGUCCCCAAGCCCUACCUCCCAGCUCUCUGGGCCACUUACCUCAUUUCAGCCACAGUCAUUGCAGGAGCCUAUGGCUUCAGGGCACUUAAACCAGAUAUCUGGUUUCUCUCCAAAUCUACCUCGAUUCCAUCAGACCUUUCAACAGUAAAGUUACUUAUGUCCACUGUGACCUGUCAGUCAAACGCAACCGCUUUGCUGUAUCAUUGCCAAAUACCUUAUGGGUAAUACAAUGACGUUUGUAAGGUUUUUGCGAAUAGAUAGAUUAAGAUUAGCAUGAUGUUGCUAGGAUAGAUGGAAUUUUGCUUUUAGAGUAGUUUUAACUUUUUUGUGUUUUUGCGUCUUCCGGAAACUGUUUUGUAGUGAUGUAUGACUUUAUAUCAUUCUUUUGAAGAAGAGUAAAUGGAAAAGUUAGCACAAGAAAUACCUCAGAUAUUUUUGUCAAGAAGGAAAAAUGCUAUUGCAGUGUUCUCCGUUGUAUAAUGAAGCACUUUUCUAUCAACGGCACUUCCAUAACUCGAAUUAGACUGUGGUCUUAGAUUUACCUCUCAACUACCUCUUAAAACUUUGACAUGAAGCAAAACUUCACACAAAAUGCCUUCAUGUAUUACGCAUGUGGAACGUUAUCCUAGUUAAAAAAAAAGAAUGCUUUUUUUGAAUGCUCGACAGUUUUUGUUCUCAAGAUUUUAGAGCCAGGAGAUUAGCUUGUGUUGAUUUUAGCCAUUUAUUAAAAGUUUGUAGGUGUUCUUGUGUAUAUAUCCUUAAUGCUAAUGAUGAUGGUUAUGAGUAGAGACAUGUCUGCUUUGUCUCUUUUAGCUCCCAUCUCAGUUUAUUCCGAAAUUGAUUUGUAAGUGAAAUCCUCCCCCAAAAAAUAUUUUUUAGGCAUAAAAGAAAUGAUUUGUUUAAGAUGAAAAUAUCCCGCUUGAUUAUUAAUUAUGCCUUUAUGUUCUGUAAUUAAUUUUAAUGUGAAUUGCUCAUGUUGACAAUGUUUCUGUCAAUGUGUUCAGUAAAAAGUGGUUAUACUAGUUUUACGCAAAUAGUCACCACAUUACAACGUUUUCUGCAUUGUAACAAUAUAAGCUUAGCACACCUUGGUUUUGCUAAAGCACUUCAUGUAUUUCUCCAUGGAAAACCAGGAGCACUCAUUUAGUUUACCAUGCAACUAUAAAUAGCAUUUUAGCACUGCUUCACUGUGUCUUUUAACCCCGUGUUACAUGAAUAACCUGUAAGGUUGUUACUGUGGUGUUUUUAGGUCUGCUCCAUUUUGUUUAAGGAUGAAUACAAUUCGUGAGAUCCUUCUGUUUUUUCAUUCAUUAUGUCAGAAAUGUAUAGCAGGCUAAGAAAUUGUGUAGGACAUUGACCUCCUUUCAACUGUGACGUUUAGACUGAUCUACCUCAGUGAAAUGCACACUGUGCAUAGCUGUACUGUACCUUUAGUGAUAAAUGUAGUAGUUUCAAUAGAUGUUUGGCUGGAGUACACGGGUGUUUCACAUCUGUGCUAUUCCCGGCAUUGGCAUUGUUAUGUUCAAGCAGCUGUUUGAUUAGGAUGAGAUAAUAAAGCAUCUUGUAGAA